AUGUCCAUCAAGAAACUGUUGAUGAUCUCUUUCUCUCUAACAUCUCUUCUCUACUCCUUCCUAUACUUCAUCCUCACGACCACAACUCUCUUUACUUCUUCAAAAAUCCCCAUUUUACCCCUCGAAUCAAACCAAAACCACAACUCUACCCUCCCCUGUUUCGCCUACCUAAUCUCCGCUUCCAAAGGCGACGUCGGAAAACUCAAACGCCUCCUCCGAUCUCUUUACCACCGUAGAAACCACUAUUUGAUCCAUCUAGACCUCGAAGCGCCGGAGGAAGAGCAUUUGGAGAUGGCUAGGUUCGUCGCCGGAGAACCUCUGUUUCAGACGGAGGGUAAUGUAAUGAUGGUCGGAAAACCGAAUCUUGUCACUUAUAGAGGACCUACGAUGCUUGCUACGACGCUUCACGCAAUGGCUUUGCUCUUGAGAUGUUGUCGGUGGGAUUGGUUUAUUAAUCUUAGUGCUUCUGAUUAUCCUCUCGUUACACAAGACGAUCUGAUCUAUGCUUUUUCUGAGUUGCCUAGAGAUCUCAACUUCAUACAGCACACAAGCCGGUUGGGUUGGAAAUUGAACAAAAGAGGGAAACCAAUAAUUAUAGAUCCAGGGCUUUACAGCCUUAACAAGUCAGAGAUUUGGUGGGUUAUUAAACAGAGAAGCCUCCCUACUUCUUUCAAGCUCUUCACAGGUUCUGCUUGGACGAUCCUUUCAAGACCCUUUUCUGAAUAUUGCAUAAUAGGUUAUGACAACCUACCAAGGACACUUCUUCUCUACUACACUAACUUUGUUUCAUCUCCGGAAGGCUAUUUUCAGACACUCAUAUGCAACUCGGAUGAGUUCAGGAACACGACCGUGAACCACGACCUCCACUACAUCAUGUGGGACAACCCGCCAAAGCAGCAUCCUAAGACUCUAGGGGCAAGGGAUUACAGAAAGAUGGUAAUGAGUAACCGACCGUUCGCAAGGAAGUUCAAGAGCAAUGACCCGGUUCUCAAAAGGAUAGACCGAGAACUUCUGAGAAACAAACGGAAGCGUAAUUCGAAAUCGAAACCCGAACCUGGUCCUGGUCCGGGGGCUAGGAGAUUGAAGAGUUUGCUAAUGAGGCUUAUGUUAAGAAGAAACUUUGUCAAGAGACAAUGUAGAUAG